UGCCGAAUGUAGAGAUGAGAAUAGUGGAAAUAUCUACGAAUGCUGAACAUCUAAGUGCCGCAUUUUAUUUUGGGCCCUCUGCAGAUGGAAGUAAACCAGGAGUGUUUAACGUCAAUUGUCAUAACUUUCAAGCAAGACCCAUGUUUGAAAUGAUGUCACUAUGUUUACAUGAAGCAGAGCCUGGUCAUCAUUUACAAAGUUCAUACAGUGUUCUCAUGGACUAUCUUCCUGGAUUCAGACGUUUCAAAGACGAUCGUUUUUACGGAAUAGUGCCUUCAAGAUUUCCUAUGCACACUGGAUAUAUAGAGGGUUGGGGAAUGUACUCCGAGUUUCUUGGCGAAGAGAUGGGUUUGUACGACGAUCCAUAUACUUUAUUUGGACGCUAUUGCUCGGAAAUUUUCAGGGCAUGUCGUUUAGUUGUCGAUACCGGUCUUCACGUUUAUGGAUGGAGCUUUGAGAAGGCCGUGCAGUUCAUAGAGGAAAAUACUGCCAUGUCGCGCGAAGUAAUAGAAAUUGAAGUUAGAAGAUACUUAACUUUACCUGGACAGGGAUGCGCAUACACAAUCGGUGAACUGAAAAUAAGGGAGUUGCGAAAGAAAUGCGAGGACGAGUUCGGUGACAAGUUCGACCUCAGAGAAUUCCAUGAUGCAGUAUUGUCUUGUGGUCCAGUUCCUCUCACCGUACUAGAGGUGCUUAUUAACAAAUAUAUCAACAAAACAUUGGAAAUUCCAGAUCGGAAAUGAGAUUUAGCAAGCCAAGGUUCUAAUCUAGCAAAAUGUAGACGUUAAUUUGAAAGUGAUUCCAGUCAGCAGGAGAUUGUGGAUGACUCGCGCAGAUGCAGAAAUGAAUAUGACAAUAACCCCGUAAAUAUUCAGGAUGUCUUCGUUUGCCUGGUAUAAUAAUAAUUGUGCAUGUGUAAUAACUAGUCACCUAAUUGCGCACACUAAAUCGUGAUCUUGAUAUUAAUGACAAUCAUGUAGUAGAAAAUUAAUAGAAAUUGUAGUUGGUGAUAGUGAUGAAUGCCACAAGAAAAAAUAAAAUUCAUUAUAAACAAGAAUUGCUCAAUUCUUAUAGGCGUUAUACGUAGAAAGCUAUACACUAGAAUAAAUGGAUGUGGCAGAUUUAUGCAUUCCAAAC